AGGAAAGCGGCGGGUGAGCCCCGAGCAAGGCCCCUGCGCCCGGAGAUGGCGGCCUCCGGCGCGCGGCCGAGGGAGCGCGGAAUGCCCUCCGUGCGCCUCCCCUGCCGGCAGUGCCGCUGACCCUGUCGGAGCGUUUCCCGGGACCUCAGCUGGUGCUGGUUGAGUGCGGCGCUUCUACGCAGGGCCAUGCAGAGAGCGUCCCGCCUGAAGAGGGAGCUGAGCCUGCUGGCCGCGGAGCCACCCCCGGGCAUCACGUGCUGGCAGGACGGGGACCGAAUGGAAGAUCUGAGAGCUCAGAUAUUAGGUGGAGCCAACACACCUUAUGAAAACGGUGUUUUCAAGCUGGAAAUUAACAUUCCUGAGAGGUACCCAUUUGAACCUCCUCAGAUCCGAUUUCUGACUCCAAUCUAUCAUCCCAACAUCGAUUCCGCUGGAAGGAUUUGUUUAGAUGUUCUCAAAUUGCCACCAAAAGGCGCCUGGAGACCGGCCCUCAACAUCGCGACCCUGCUGACUUCUGUUCAGCAGCUCAUGGCCGAGCCAAACCCCGACGACCCGCUCAUGGCUGACAUCUCCUCAGAGUUUAAAUAUAACAAGCCAGUCUUCCUCAGGAAUGCCCAGCAGUGGACAGAGAAGCACGCGAGACAGAAGGCUGAAGAAGAAGAGGCACCUGAUAACCCCCCAGAGGCGGGCAGCGAGGCGGGCAGCGAGGCGGGCAGCGCCGCACAGAAAAGGAAAGCCCGGCAGCUGGGGGGCGUGGACAAGAAAUUUUGCCCUGAUGUUUCGGGGGGUGGUUGUCCUGGUCUGUCUUAGUUAAUACAUUCUUUGCCAGGAUGGUCCAAUUUGCCUACAUUCCUGAGAUGUGUUUCUUUGUAUUUGAUGACAUUAUCAUUUUUGUAUCCUAUGAAAUAGACCUUAUAUAUUUAUCCGUUCUGCUUUACAUUGAUUCUCUGAGUGUAGUUGGUUUUAUUUAGCUCGUACAUACAUAUUUCAAAACGUGUAAACCUGAAAAAUAAAUAAUCAUUUAGUGUUGAA